AUGGUUGACAGUACGAACAUCUACGGCUUCGACCCCAGCGUGGGAGCAGCAGUCGUGGCAGCGCUGCUCUUCGGAAGCAGCAGUCUUUUACACUGCUACCAGACCUGGAAAUAUCGCGCCCCUUUUUUCCUCGUCUUCAUCGUCGGCGCCAUCAUGAUGACCAUCGGGUACAUCACCCGUACCAUCUCCGCCCAAUCCCCAGACAGAUUGACCCCCUACAUCAUCCAAUAUAUCUGCAUCCUCCUCCCUCCCUCGCUCUACGCCGCCUCAAUCUACAUGCUCUACGGCCGCAUUGUCCUCCUCGUCCACCAACCCGCUUUGUCGAUCAUCGCCCCUACCAAAGUCACCAAGAUCUUCGUCCUGGGCGACACCCUCUCCUUCCUAACCCAGCUCGGCGGGGGGUCAAUGAUGUGCUCGACCUCCACGGCCCAAACCGGCCAAAAGGUCCUGAUCGUCGGGCUGAUCAUUCAGCUCUUCUCCUUCGGACUGUUCUUCCUCACGGCUGUGAUGUUCGAAAUGCGGUUGCGCAAAAUGAUGCUGUUCCGCAGACGAACGCACUGGCGCACGCUGCUAUACUUCUGCUUCGUGGCUGCGGCGCUGAUCAUCCUGCGGUGCGUGUACCGGGUGAUCGAGGCCGCGCAGGGGGCGGGCGGGUUCUUGGCCACACACGAGGCGUAUAUCUACUGCUUCGAUGCGCUGCCCAUGUAUGUGGUGCAGGCGGUGUUUCAUCUGUGUCCGCCGGGGAAGGCGUUGCGGCCAUCCGAAGGGGAGGGUACCUAUGGGGAGAUGGAGGAGUUGAAGUAG